UCAAUCCUCGGUCCUUUUUGCCGACAGGGCUCACUCUCGACAGAAAAGAUUAUAACAAACUUUACGAUUCUGGCCUUAUCUAGCACCAAAAUACCACCUCUUUAGCCGCAAGUUUGUUGUAUUAAUCGCCGAAAUGGCCAUCAGGAUAUUGGACUGGGGUCUUAUUUGAAAUCAUGAGGGUUAAAGCAGUCUUUUUGCGCGUGAAGUGUUCUUUUGAAGACCUCAUUGAUCUCUAACCACACUGAAUUGGAACUUCCAAACAUGCUGAAGAUUUUGCGACUAGUGCUACAACUGUUGUUAGCCUGUGUUAUCGAGAGCAGGAUCCUCCAUAUUUAUCAAUUUACUGAACCAAAAGAUACUCUCGCUAGCUUUUCUUGUGGGCAAUGCGUGGAAUACAAACUCGAGUCUUCCACGAAUUCUACGGAAGCGUUGGAACUUCUACAUUUGGAUCCAAGAACUGGUCGUCUUCGCCUUGCAUCGCUUCCGAACUGCGGAAGUUUUAUCAACAACAAAGGAUUGUUCCAAUUAAAAGCUAGGACAUCUAAGGAGGCUAAUUUCAAAACUUUGGAGACUCUACGAAUAAAAUAUCAUGGCGAGAAGUGUUUUGUCAAAUUCCGGAGAAAACUUGACUACCAUACUGUCGUUUCACGGGCCGCAAACGUAGGAUUUCGUGUUUUCCAAUUGCGGGACCUAUUUAGCAAACAUAUCGCGGAUAUAAAUCCGUCAGAUUUACGGAUUAUGAAUGAGAAAGGGAAAAAGUUUUACAGGGUCGAUUCUAAAACAGGACACCUAGUACUUCGCAAAUCACUUGUCGGCCACCCCGAACGAAUCAUGUUUGUAGUCGCUCAAUUAUCUCAAUCUUCGAAGAAUUCAAAACGAAAGAAGUCCGCAAGAUUGCGAUUGUUCAUUGACGAUGGUAAACAAAUAAAAAACAAUAGACGGAGAGUAAGGAAAAGGGCUCCUACUAAUAACCCACCACAGUUUUCUAGGCUGCAAGAGGAUGCAAGCGUAUCCGAGGACGCCGAAGUCGGAACUGUCGUCGCUACAGUUUCUGCGAGUGACCCAGACUCAGGAAGCAACGGUAUGAUCCGAUAUUCAAUGUCUCCUUCGCAAAAUCUUAUGAGCGCUACUUAUUUCAGUAUCGAUCAGAUAACUGGAGUUAUCACAACAAAACGGGGUUUGGAUAGAGAGUUCUUGGAUAGGCACUUCUUCCGGGUGAAGGCAGAGGAUGGAGGAGAGCCCUCAUUGGAAGGUUAUAUGGAUCUUACAAUAAAUGUUCUAGAUGUCAACGAUAACGGUCCCAUAUUCGAAAGGAAUAUCUAUGCGGCUGACAUUCCUGAGGAUAAAAGUAUUGGGGAUUUUGUGUUGGCUGUCAGAGCAAGUGACGCAGAUUCUGGGAGUAAUGGGGAAGUGAAAUAUUGCAUCCUCAAUAGUGACGGUGACAACUCAGCAUUUUCUAUCGGAGAGGUCAGUGGUGCAGUGACUGUGAUGAAGAAGUUGGAUAGGGAGAAAGUUCCUACAUACACCCUCCAAGUACAAGCCCAAGAUCAAGGAAAUCCUCCAAGGAGUGCAACUGUUACUGUAAAGAUUACUCUCUUGGAUGUGAAUGACUGUACGCCACAAUUUUCUAAGAAGGUGUACUCAGCAACCAUUCGCGAGGAUGUUCCCGUCAAUCAACUGGUAACAACUGUAAGGGCCACAGACUGUGAUCAGGGUAGCAACGGAGAGGUGUUUUUUGAGAUUGUUAGUGGCAAUGACAUGAACUUCUUCUCUAUCAAUAGGAUCAAUGGUGAGGUUCGAGUCAAACAAAAACUAGACUAUGAAAUGAUUGGGGUGUUCAAUUUAUUGGUCACGGCACAGGAUAAAGGGCAGCCAUUCUUGUAUAAUCAAACAACUGUUGAUAUAGCCUUGAUUGAUGUCAAUGAUAAUGCUCCACAGUUUGUAAGUUCACAUUUCCAGACAAUGAUACCAGAAAAUUAUGCUGUCGGCCAGGAAUUCUAUCGUGUCCAAGCCUAUGACAAGGAUCAUGGUACCAAUGGUGAGAUUACAUUCUCAUUCAUGCAAAAUGAUCUACCAUUCUCUAUCAAUGAAAACACUGGAGGUAUCUCUAUCAAAGAGGAACUGGAUAGAGAGAAAGUUCCAAAGUUCACGUUUGGGAUCAAGGCCAGAGACAAAGGUGUUCCUUUUAAGGAGGGUACUGCACAAAUAACCAUCACACUUCUAGAUAUUAAUGACAAUCCUCCUAAAUUCUCACAGGAAGAAUAUCAUACAUCAAUAGCAGAAAACUCCCGCUGGGGUACCUCUGUACUACAGGUGAAAGCAAUUGACCCAGACAGUGGACCUACUAAUGUGGUUUAUUCCAUUGUAUCAUCAUCUGGCCACGAUAGGUGUUUUCGCAUCAAUCCCCAAGGUCUUAUUACAUUGUCUUGCACCUUAAACUAUAACACCAAGCAUGUUUACGUGUUUAGUGUCAGUGCCAGUGAUGGUAUGUUGUCUAGCACAGCUCUUGUUUAUGUGAAUGUGACAGACUCAAACACUCACGCACCAGAAUUCAAACGUAGAUCCUAUAGUGCUGAAGUCAAAGAGGAUGCUUCAUUAGGUACUUCAGUUCUCACUGUCCUUGCAACUGACAGAGACACUGGCUCAAAUGCCAAGAUAUCAUACUCCAUUGCGACCCUAGUGCCAGAGUUUUCGGUGGAUGAAACCACUGGAGUGAUCAAAACUGCAGGUUCUCUAGAUCGUGAAAAAGUGGACACGUACAGAUUUGAGGUGACAGCUACAGAUCAUGGCAUCCCACAAUUAAAGGCAAAGUCAUUUGUUUACAUCCAUAUUGCUGAUGUCAAUGACAAUGACCCAGUUUUCCUUAAGCCCAGUUAUGAGGCUAAAGUGCGUGAGGAUAUACGGCCUGGUGGUCGGGUUAUAGAAGUGAGUGCAAGUGAUGCAGACAUUGGGAAGAAUACGCAGAUCAUCUAUUCUUUUGCAUCUAAUGGUGAUGGCCAAGGCACCUUUACCAUCGACAGCACUCAAGGAAUCAUCCGUACCUUGAAACCCCUGGACCGUGAAACCAUCCCUGAGUACGAGCUUACGGUCGUAGCCACCGACCAAGGGACCCCGCCCGGCCAAGCCUCGGUCAAGGUUAAGGUCAUCCUUGAAGACGUCAAAGAUAGCCCUCCGCUCUUUGAAAAACCGCUGUACGAAGUGACUGUCCCUGAGGACACUCCCCCGCGAUCGCCCGUGAUUACGGUGAAGGCGAAGUCGCAGGACCUGUCGCCCGAGACAGGGAUGAUGUACUCGAUAGUGCGCGGGAAUUCUCCACAAGUGUUCGACAUUAAUCCUAAUACUGGUGCAAUCCAGACACUCAUGAAGCUGGAUUACGAGACGCAGUCCGAGUACAGGCUCACGGUGCGCGCCACACUAUCGCCGUUCUUCACCGAGACGACAGUGAUGGUGUACUUGAAGGACAUCAAUGACAACACGCCCGUACUCGAAGCUUUCCACAUGAACAUUAAUGUCCAGGAGGGAAAGGUGCCUCCCGAGGCUCGCUACAAGAUCCCGGCCUAUGACCCGGACGUUUCCGAUAAAUUGACCUUUAAAGUGAUGGAGGGGAAUGCCAAAGAGUGGGUGACGCUGAAUGCCACAAGUGGUGAGCUGUCUGUCAAUAAGAAGUUGAUUCAAGCCAGCAAGCCUGCGAAUAUUAAGAUCGCCGUGACCGAUGGAUUGCGCACGGCAAGCGCUACAGGCUCCAUCAUGAUGACGUCUGUGACUACAGAGAUGAUUCAACAGAGCAUUCAGCUCGAGAUUGACGAUAUGGAGGUGCUUGAGUUUUUCAAUACCGCAUACGAGAAGCUGCGCGAGUCAGUGUCGCAGAUCGUCAAGUGCAAGCCCGACCAAGUGCUCAUGUUCGACAUCACAUCUCGAGUGAUCCUGCCCGUAUCCAGUGCAGACUACUCCAAGACAAGGCUAACCAUCUGGCUUGUGCUGCGUAAGAAGAACGAGAAAGAAGCGUUUGUUGGUUAUUUCGACGCAAGUUUCGUCCGUUACGUUAUUUACCUACACCGCGAGCAAAUCGCCAAGGAAGUGGGCAUCAAUUUAAUGGCGUUCCCGGACGACGUAUGCAGCAAGAAGCCGUGCAAUUACCUCAAACCAAACAGCUAUUAUGACUGUAACACGUACACGUACUUCUCAGGUGAGCCUCAGGUGCUCAGCUCUCUCAAGGUGGUCUUCCGCACUGUGCCAGUAGACAUGAAGUUCAACUGCUCAUGCCCGGCGGACUACCGAGGCCAGGACUGUGACACUCAUCUCAAUCUGUGCUACUCUAACCCAUGCGGAAACCACGGAGAGUGCGUCAGUGUAGAGCAAGGGUUCUACUGUCGCUGCAAGGCCGACCGCGUUGGCAGCCGCUGUGAGGCUAACGUCACGCGGGAUUUCUGUCCACUCAAGCCUAGAGAGCUGCCAAAGGUGAACCAGAUGAAAUGGAACCCCUGUAUGAAUGGAGCGCAGUGUAUCGAUCAGCCUGGUGGUGGGUUCGGCUGCUUGUGUGAAGAUCCGAACAAGGCAGACACUCCGUUUUGUGAGUUGACCACUUUGAGCUUCAGAGAUGGCGACUACGCGGCAUUCACUGCUCUCAGCCAAAAGUGGCGACUUCACAUCAGUCUCCAAUUCACAACGCUCCAGUCCGACGCCUUACUGCUCUAUAACGGUCAAUUCAACGACAAGCAAGACUUCAUCGCCAUCGAGCUGUCUGGGGGACAGGUCCGGUUUACCGUCUCCACCGGAGGCACGCCUGCUAGCGCUACCUCCCGCGUGGAUGGGGGACUGAAUGAUGGGCGUUGGCACUCGCUUACUGCCGUGUACAAGAACAAGACUGCUAUCGUGAUCAUUGAUGACUGCAAGCUUGCUGUGGCUGUCCAGUUUGGCACCCAGGAGGGAUCAUACGGCUGUGCUGCAGCAAAGCGACUCAACCAGCAAGCAGCCAGGUCAUUACAGCUUACUUCGCCCCUGAUGCUUGGCGGGCUCCACUCCCUCAGAUCAGAGUACCCGAUCACUAGCAAGCGCUAUACGGGCUGCCUGCGGAAUGUCUCCAUCGAUCACAAGCGGCUUGAUCUGGCCGCGCCCAUCUGGAAGCGGGGCACAAGCCCCAAGUGCUCCAUCAAGGUGGACUUCUGUCGGAACUCGCCCUGCAAGCGAGGGAACUGCACCAACACAUGGGGGACGUACCUUUGUCGCUGCCCAGAGAAUUACGGAGGGAAACAGUGCGACAAGGAAAUGAAAUCCACGAUGCGAUUCAUUGGCCAGAGCAUCCUGAUCAAGAACUACAGAACCACGUCCAUCAAGUUACCAUGGUCACAGUCUUUGAUGUUCCGAACGCGAAAGUCUCUUGGUAUCCUUAUCGAGACAAGAUUCCGGUCCAGCGCAGGCGUGCUGAAGGUGGUGAACGGACGGUUGUCGUACCAGUUCAACCAGCAGCUGACAGUCAACCUGACCCAGCUUCGCGUAGAUGACGGGGCGUGGCAUCACGUGGAUGUCACGUGGCUACGUGGUAUGGUGCGCGUGACAGGCGACUACAUCUACCAAGCAACCGCUACUCACCAAGGCGAGAAGCUGGAGUUCACGUCAGAGCUGAUUAUGGGCGGGAGACAGUCUCUGAAUACGAGUGCCCCCCAACCGAAGGCGUACAUAGAGGAGGGUUUUGUAGGUUGUAUGAUGGGUAUCACCGUGGAUGGUUCCCAGAUCGAUACGAGCCAAGCGACUAAGCAGAGCGUGUUCACUGGCUGCUCUAUGCCCUCUCACUGUCAGUCCAGCCCUUGCCUAGGUGGCGGUACUUGCGUGGAAGGGUGGGACACGUUCAGUUGUCGUUGCCGCCCAGGCUACGUAGGCAAGAGGUGUACCAACGUGUGUGACCUGAAACCCUGCCAGAAUGGCAACUGUGAGCUGAGCAGUGCCACGCCCAAGGGGUACAAGUGCAAAUGCCCCCCUCAGUACACAGGAGAGUACUGUGAAACACGUAAGGAGACCCCAUGUCAAGACAAGUUCUUCAGCGCGUCAAACAUCGGCCUUUGCGGGCCCUGUAACUGCCCGGUGGGCGCUAACUUCAACCCUGUGUGUAACAAGACAACUGGGGAAUGCUACUGCAAUCCAUAUCAUUACCGCUCACAUAAAGGCAAUGAAUGUCUCAAGUGUAAUUGUGAGGAAAUCGGAAGUCUGAGCCUGCAGUGUCGUGUGUCGGAUGGUCAGUGUCCUUGCAUAAAAGGCUCCAGCACGGGUGCGCGUGUGAUUGGUCGGCGCUGUGACAGGUGUGAAGAUCACCAGAGCGAGAUUACGGCUGGCAAAGGAUGUGUAGUGAUCAACACCUCGUGUCCGCGUUCGAUAGCGGAAGACAUCUGGUGGAAGAGAGGAGCAUUUGAUAAGAUAGCCGAGCAGAAAUGUCCAUUUGGAGCCUCAGGUACUGCAAGAAGAAUAUGUGACAAGAACAAGGGCUGGCAAAAACCGGACCUGAUGGACUGCGUGUCCAACUCCUUCCUCAACCUGAGAAAGAAAUUAAAGCGGCUGGAAGAAGGCAAGCUGCUGUGGUCACCGAGCAUAGCGAUGGACCUGGCACGCCAGCUUGACCUGGCCAUUACCCUCGCCACACGGCUCUACCCCAACGACAUUGAUAUCGCCCUCAAAGCCAUCACUGUACUCUUCGACUACGAGAGCCAACAGAACGAGAGCACUUUGGUCUCCGCCAAGAACCACGAGUUUGCUCAGAUUCUGGUUCAAUCAGCAAGUAUGCUUUUCAACGCUGAGAACAAGAACGUGUGGAGUGUCGUCCAGCGGAAUUCGGCAGGAACGGCAGACUUGAUGGAGAAGAUGGAGAAUUUUAGCGGUACUUUAGCGAAUAACCUAGCGCAUUUGAAACGUGCGCGGUACCGCCGCAACGUGGAGAGCAUUAUCCCUCCUUAUACCGUCAUCACGCCCAAUAUACUUAUGGAGCUUCACCCGGUGACUAUCAGAAACUUCAACGGCAUGCAGUUUCCACCAAGUCCGGAUAGCUUUGAGUCGUAUUCGUGGCAAUGGGCUGAAGUGACUAACAAAGUCAAGUUACCAAGGGCGCUAUUCCUAUCACCGGGGCACAAAGUUCUGGAGAGAAACGCAGCGGUUGGCUAUAUGAUCAUCAGAAACAUUGGGGAUCUUCUGCCAAAGUCAUUCGACGCCAGAAUCAGAGACUCUAAGUACAACGUGGACGUAAACUCGGACGUUGUGUCUGUAAAGAUGCCGGGAAUGGAAGAUGUGCAACUAGCGGAACCCAUCCACAUUACCUUUUACAACCGACAGGUCAACAGAUCGGAGUACUUGUGCGUCUUCUGGAACUACUCCGUUCCGAACACCCGAGGUGGUGGCUGGUCUACAAAUGGUUGUAGACGUAUCGCCAUUAACUGGACUCACACUACUUGUGCCUGUAACCACAUGACGUCAUUCGCUGUGUUGUCAGAUCUAAACCUUGAGUUUCCGCCACAAGUAGCGUUCGCCAUGCGUAUUGGUACAUACAUCGGCAUCGCUGUGUCUGUCGCCAUUUUAUUGAUCGCGUUCGUCUCCUUUGUCUGCCUGAGGGGAUUGAAAAAGAGCAACGCAAACGACAUUCAUAAGAACUUGGUAGCCGCCAUCGUGAUCGCUGAGAUUAUCUUCUUGGCGGGGAUUAACAGGACCAAUGAUACGACCGCAUGUCGCCUGGUAGCCAUUCUGCUUCAUUACUUCUUCUCCACCGUGUUCACGUGGAUGCUUGUGGAGGGUGUACACAUGUACCGCAGGCUCAGCGAGAAGAGAAAUGUUGACACCGGUCGCAUGAACUUCUACUACUUCCUAGGAUGGGGUUGCCCAGCCAUUGUUGUUGGAAUAUCGGCUGGUUUGUCGACAGAAGGAUAUGGCAACAAUCACUUCUGCUGGAUGGCUACAGACGGUACGCUUAUCUGGACCUUCACCAUCCCUGUCAUGAUAGUUGUUGCGAUCAACGGGCUCGUGUUCGUAAUGGCGAUGUGUGCUUCCCUGCAGCAGUCUAAGCGCAAGCGUCGCAAACGGCGCUCUUACUCCCCUCACGGCGUCGACGACCAGUCAAGUCUCAAGGCUGGCAUGCGCGCGUCUGCUGUGGUGUUGCCUCUGCUUGGGGUCUCCCUGGUGUUCGCCAUCCUAAUGGUCAACAAGGACAUGGAGAUGUUCCAUUAUCUCUUUGCUGCUCUCACUGCAUUCCAGGGCCUGUUCAUAUUUUUGUUCUACUGCCUAUUCGACAAAAAGGUUCGAAAGGAGUACAAAAACGCGUACAUUAGAUGGAAAACUGGAGACAAGAGCUACGGCAUCCCCAAACCAGCACCGCACUUUAAACGCUCGUACCACCCAAGCGAGAUGCAGGCCCUCCGCUCGCCUUAUCACUAUGACGACGAUGACCAAGCAAACACGAGUACUUCCACUACUGACCACACGAGCAGUCUGCGCAGCAGUACUAUCGGUACGAGCAGGCCCACAAGUGAAGCGUUCAGCACCACUACCGCGGCUACCGGGACCAUCCCAGACAGCAGUGCGACCAGUGCUACUGAAGGUUUGUCCGAUGCUGAAACUGAAGAAUUUAUCAAGAAACCUCCUAAAGCCAAAUACUACCCGGGCAACCCGGAACUUGAACUUGCUAGAAAGAUGUGGGAUACUCCAGAUAAAUCUGAGUUAAGCACGACUCAGCCAGAGACUUCUUCAGACGAGGAGGAGACACGUGCACCAUCACCUGUCAUCCUAUCAGAAUCCUCGGACUCAUCCGGGGAUGAACAGACUCCCAAUGGAGAGGAAAAGACCCCUAAGUCCAAAAAGAGACCCAAGGGUGCGCCGUUCUACGCAUCGGACGGCCCCAUGCACAGUACACCAAUGGACACCACACCAGAGGUGGAACUCGAGAAGAACUUCCACGACAGCGACUCCUCUGACACGGAGGAAGAAGACAAAAUGGUGCCAGUGAAGAAUCGCAAAGAUGGGCCAACAUUCAAAGUCAUUCCUGAAAUCAUCGCGGAUGAGAAGGGUCCGGCAGGCUCAGGCUCAGCGGCUACUCCUUCCACCACGUCAGACACGCCCCCUAUAGAGCUUCAAUUACAGAAAAAACCGCUAAAGUCUGCACUGAAGAAGCCUAAGCCUGGUAUGUUUACGCCAAUCGUGCUGCCCCCAGACACGCCAAAGGAUGAAGAGACCGCGGAGUUAAUGCCAGAUAAACCCGCCGAGAGCAGUAGACACCGGUUCACACGUGGCAGGGACUUGAUGCGCGGUCCGCCGAUGAACGCUUACUAUUCCACGCACACAGAUACCGAUAGCACUUGCUAUUCAAAUGCACUCAGCGCUGAGCGAAAGUCACGAACCGGUCGAUCAGGGGAGAAGAAAAAGAAGAAGAAACACAAGCAGUCUCGAAGCAGUAGUCGAGAAGGCAGCAGCGGCACUAGAAGAUUUGUCAAAUUCAAAGGCGAUAGGAAUUCUAUACAGCUCUCAGAGCCAAGCGAGUUCAUUUGAAGGCUGGUGCACUCCAAGGUCAAAUCAGCGAGUUAUUUCUUAUUUAUAAUGGCUUGUGUUUCGUUGACGAAGCGCGCGCCCCGUUUAGGUGAAAUAUCAUUUUAUUGCAAUGUCAUAAUGUAUCUAGCACGUUUGUGCGAAGGAUUUAUCUAUAUUAGGGUUUUUAAAACCUGCACGAAGAUUCAUACAGCUGUAUAGAAUAUAAUACUAUUUAGUUUAGAUUUUAAAUUAUACCUUUUAAUUCUAAGCUUUUGUUCAAAUCGCGUUUUUAAACAAUUUCGCCAAUUUCAGUUUAGUGAUUUUAAAUGACAGAUGUAGAUAGAAAAGGUAUUUUCAUAUUUGUGGAAUGCACCAAUGCAAUGGUUGUCAUAGUUUUUACGCUUGGUCUUCUGUGUCGUCGUGCGCGCCCAAGAACGCCUACAGCUGGUCAUUAUGACGAGCUGAAAAUGACAUUAUCUUUAGUGCAAGUUCUUUUUUGUUCAUCACCACAUAAAACAAUGAAACACUUAAAUGACAAUCUUUAAUUCGCCAUUCAGUCAUGUUUUUUUUCUCAAAAGUCCGUUUACUCGAAUAUACAGCGCCUUACAAUGUUCUGUGGGAACCCUGUGUCUUUUAACAUGAGAAUGAUGCGAAUGCUUCAAGACUCAGUAACCAUUUAUUCGCACUCUAGUUCCUAAGAACAAAUAACGUAUUAUAGCUGAUUUACAAUGCCACCAUUCUGUUUUUUAUUCCAUUACUUUAAACCCAAUCCAAGAUAGGUGGCGGUGUAGAAUCCAAGAUGGCGGCAUUAUGGUUAAAAACCCUUUGCUGUUGAUUUUUUUAUGUGGACUCUUGAAUUUCUCUCCAAAAAGCGCGCUCGAGGUUGCUUAUAGACUGGGCAUUUGUACAGCAUUUCGUGUAAAAAGUGUUAAAUAAAAAAAGUUCGAAAUUAA